UUAAAUUAAUAAAAAUCAAAACUUAGGAUGUUGUCGUGAUUGAUAUUUAUGUGUUUGGUUAUACGAAAAUCAAACACAUGUUUGAUAUAUAUAUUUUCAUUUUUGCUCAUAAAAAAUUGAUUAUUAUUAUUGUCACCGUACAUAAAAUUGCUCAUCAUUAUCUUAUUACAUUUUUUUAUUUUUAUUUUGUAGUAGUUUAUAAUUCAUUUUAAUUAAAAUGUUAUUAUGAAAAUAUAUCAUUAAUAAAUCAUGAAACAAGAAAAUUAUUUAACAUCGAACAAGUUUAACAAAACAUUAAAUUAGUAAAUAAGAACAUGUAUAAUGUUGUCACUGCUUCUUAGUCUUAUUUAACUUCCAAAUUCCUUUUUAUUUCAUUGUAAUUAUUAUUUUGGGUUAGAUCCGGUUUAAAUUUUUACGUUUGGAUGUUUUUCUAGCUCUAACAAAUAUUAACUGAAACUUAUGUGUGAAAACGAGUUCUUAACUAUAAAAUAAAUUUCACAUAACAUAUACAAAAACAAUUUUAAAACAAUAAUAAAAUGAUUUUUUAAUAUUUUUAUUAAAUUAAAAUAUCAAAUAAAGCCAACGGGUCCAAAUCUAGUUAUAUAUACAUAGUACAUAUCUUAUAGUGCAAGUAAUCAUCUUUUUUUUUUGAAAUAUCUAAAAGUAGUGGGUGAUAUUCAACGAUGUUGAUUCAAUUCUGCACUGCAACCAAGGCAAAUUCACAUUUCGUUACACUAAAUUGCUCUGAAAAAAAAACAUAACAAAUUCGAUUGGAACGUAAAAUCCCAAAUCUUAAUGAAAGUCCACGAGUGGUUAAUAUAAUCUGGCUGUUGUACCUCAUCUAAUGUUAAUAUUAUCUAUUAGAUGACAUAAAGUAUUAAAUUAAAGUCCACUAGUGGUUAAUAUAAAUAUAUAAGCUGUUGUACCUCAUCUCAUGUUAAUUAGAUGACAAAAAGGAAUUAAACUUAAGUCCACAAGUGGUUAAUACAGUCUGGCUGUUGUACCUCAUCUCAUGUUAAUAUAAUCCAAGUGUUCUUCAUUAUUAUUGUUUAUGAAUUAUUGGUAUAGAGUUAUUGGUCUUUGCUGGUGGCUUUUCUCCUAAGUCAAUCAAAAUUAUUGGUGUUUUCCUCUUUCUCUUGUUCAUUAAUCAAAAUAGUGAGUUUGGUUUUGGUUUCAUUCUAAAAGUUUGAGCAAAGAUGGGAGGCUGUAUAUCAGUAGAUAUACCAUGUGAUCAAGCGCUGAAUCAAACCUGCAGCCGUUUAUUUGGUGAUAGAAAUUACAUUCACAUGAUGAAGGCUAAUCUUGGCGCUCUGGAGACAGCUAUGCAAAAACUUAGAGAAAGUCGAGAUGAUCUGUUAACAAGAGUUUCCAUUGAAGAAGAUAAAGGUUUGGUGCGGCUUGCUCAAGUAGAAGGAUGGUUGUCAAGGGUAGCAAGUAUUGACUCUCAGGUCAGUGAUCUGCUUAAGGAUAAACCAACUGAAAUCAAAAGAUUGUGUAUUUUUGGAUAUUUUUCCAAAAAAUGCAUAUCAAGCUGUAAGUAUGGUAAAGACGUAUGGAAGAAGUUGGAAGAAGUUAAAGAGCUUCUAUCUGAAGGAGUUUUUGAAGAGUUGGCCGGAAAAAGACCUGCACCAAAGGUGGUGAAGAAAGAGAUCCAAACAACAAUAGGUUUGGAUUCAAUGGUUGGAAAGGCAUGGGACAGCAUCAUGAAACCUGAAGGAAGAACUUUAGGUAUUUAUGGCAUGGGGGGAGUUGGGAAAACAACCCUCUUAGCUCGUAUCAACAACAAAUUCGACGAAGAGGUGAAUGAACUUGAUGUUGUGAUAUGGGUUGUGGUCUCUAAAGAUUUGCAAUACAAGGGCAUUCGGAAUCAGAUUCUAGGAAAAUUACGUGUUGACAAGGAAUGGGAAAAUCAAACAGAGGAGGAGAAAGCAGCUUCCAUACACAAAAUCCUAGGAAAAAAGAAAUUUAUACUGCUAUUAGAUGAUCUGUGGAGCGAGGUCGAUUUGAACAAGAUUGGAGUUCCACGUCCAACUCAAGAAAAUAAUGGAUCGAAGAUAGUUUUCACCACUCGCUCAAAGGAAGUUUGCAGAUACAUGGAAGCUGAUGAUGAGCUAAAACUUAAUUGUUUGUCAACGAAUAAAGCGUGGGAACUGUUUCAAAAUGUAGUUGGAGAAGUCUCAUUAAAGCGGCAUCCAGAUAUUCCCACACUUGCAAAACAAAUUUGUGAAAAAUGUUAUGGCUUGCCGCUUGCACUCAAUGUGAUUGGCAAAGCCAUGUCAUGUAAAGAGGAUGUACACGAAUGGCGUGAUGCAAUUCAUGUUCUCAAUACGUCUAGCCACCACGAGUUUCGAGUUAUGGAAGAAAAGAUUCUUUCAGUUUUGAAGUUCAGCUAUGAUGGUUUAGAGAAUGAAAAGGUGAAAUCAUGCUUCCUAUACUGUUCUUUGUUCCCGGAAGAUUAUGAAAUAAAGAAGGAGGAGUUGAUAGAGUAUUGGAUCAACGAAGGAUUUAUAAAUGGAAAGAGAGAUGAAGAUGGAAGUAACAACCAAGGUCAUGUUAUAAUUGGUUCGUUAGUUCGUGCGCAUCUAUUGAUGGAGUUCGAAAAAGAAUUCACACCCGCUGUGAAAAUGCAUGAUGUGCUACGUGAAAUGGCUCUUUGGAUAGGAAAAGAGGAAGAAAAACAGUGCGUCAAAACUGGUGUGAAGCUAAGCUUUAUACCAAAGGACACCAACUGGUCAGUUUUGAGAAGGAUCUCAUUGAUGAGUAAUCAAAUUGAACAGGUAUCUUGCUCUCCCAAAUGCCCCAACCUUUCGACUCUAUUUCUCGGGGAUAACAAGUUGGAGGGUAUAUCGGAUAAAUUCUUUAAGUUUAUGCCAGCCCUUGUCGUCUUGGAUCUUUCGCGUAACCGUGAUCUUAGUGAAUUGCCGGAAGGAAUUCACAGCUUGACUUCCUUGCGAUACCUCAAUUUAUCACACACAAGUAUAAGUUCGUUAUCGGUUGGUUUGAAGAGGUUGAGGAAACUAAUAAGCCUAGACCUGGAGUUUACCUGGCUUGACAGCAUUGAUGGGAUAGGAACAAGCUUACCAAAUCUUCAGGUGUUGAAACUAUAUCGUUCUCCUGUUUUUAUUGAUGCAAGUUCAAUUGAAGAGCUUCAACUUUUAGAGCACUUGAAGAUUUUAACAGGAAGCGUGGUAGAUGCUUUAAUGUUGGAAAGUAUCCAAAGAGUUGAGCGAUUGGCGAGGUGUGUUCAACGCCUUUGGAUUAUCAAUUUGUCCGCCGAGGUUGUAACAUUUAACACGGUAGCUCUGGGUGGUCUUCGACAACUUGAUAUUGAGUUGUCCAGAAUCUCAGAGAUAAAGAUAGACUGGAAAAGCAAAGAGAAGGAAGAUCUUCCAUGUAACAGUUCUCCAUGCUUCAAGCACCUCUCAAGUAUUUUUUUACGCAGUUUGGAAGGUCCGAAAGAAUUGAGCUGGUUAUUGUUUGCUCCAAAUCUCAAGCAUCUAGAGGUGGCAUAUUCAGGAAGCCUAGAAGAAAUAAUAAAUAAGGAGAAGGGAAUGCGUCCUGAUAUGAUGGUUCCCUUUCAGAAGCUAGAAUCCUUCAGUUUAAGGGGUUUGGAUGAAUUAAAGAGAAUAUGCUCAAAUCCUCCAACUCUUCCAUCCCUGAAAAAAAUUGUUGUCGAACACUGCCGAAAGCUGCCGAAAGCUGCCACAGAGAGUUUCCGAGACAUGAACAGGAAUGAAGUUGAUGAAUGAGGCUCCGAAGCCCCGUUGCGUAUGUCAUAUGUGUGUGAGUGUAUCCUCUCAGUUCUUAAACGUGGUUUGGUUUUAUGUUCUUUUUUUACUUUAAUGGCAUUGUUGUCAAAGUUGUAUUUCUCAGACCUGGAAACUUAUCAUUGUUGCAUUUCCACUUCUCUCCA